AUGUCCACCAAUUCCAAUUCCAAUGAAGUUAAUAACAUAGUCGGAGACGUUCAAACAGUGUUUGUUUCAAAUUCCUACCUCGAAGAGCUUUCGGCUACAAUGCGCCGAAGAACAAUUCCUUGGGAGGGCUAUCAACGUGCCAGUCUUAUCACAAAAGAAGAGUUUGAUCUCAUCGAGGCAGUUGAAAAUAUAAGUCGUGAGCAACUUCAUGCCAUUUUAAAUAAGGAUGGUGAUACGUAUGCCCAAUUGUAUAUUAGUCUUUUAGAGAGAACAAUGCGUAUUGAUACGGUACAGCAUGUCCUGGUGUUGAUUGGCGAUAUGUUGUCUGAAAACGAGAAACGUGCCGUUUACUUUCAUAAUACAUCCAUAAAGGAUCCCGAAUUUCCUUAUCGUCCUUUUCUAAAGCUUAUCCAUAAGGAUGAAGACUUUAUUCAAUUAGAAUCCGCAAAGAUACUUGCUAUAUUGGUCUGUACUGCUCCAAAAUUACCACAUGAUUUCACGGAAUUUUUUCAAUGGAUUGUUUCAAAGCUCAAAAGCAUUAAUCCUUUCGUGACUGACCUCGCCGUGCAAAUUCUAGGAUCUAUAUUAAAGGUACCAGAAUGCCGAAAAAAAACUUGGAACAUCCCGCAAGCAUUAGACAAUUUAGUUCAUCUACUCAAAGACAAAACUCCUACGCCUCAAAUGCAGUAUCAGAUUAUUUUCUGUUUUUGGCUAUUGACCUUUGAUGACGAAAUCGCGGCUAAUUUCAACAAGAAAUAUGACAUUAUUCCAACAUUAAUUGAUAUAGCAAAAAGUGCUAUCAAAGAGAAAGUUAUUCGCGUCAUUAUCGGGACUUUUCGGAAUAUGAUAGAGAAAGCUCCCGAAGAGAAUUUUCCCGCCAUGUUGGUCGCACGACUCUUAAACUUCCUUGAGAACUUAUCUGGUCGAAAGUGGUCCGACACAGAAAUAUUAGAGGACAUUGAAUUCCUGAAAACGCAACUGCAAGAGAACUUUCAAAGUCUCACGACUUUUGAUGUUUACGGAUCGGAAAUUCGGUCAGGAAAGUUGCAUUGGUCGCCACCGCAUCAAUCGGAACAAUUCUGGAAACAGAAUGCGACAAAGUUGAAUGAAAAAGAACAUGAAUUAUUGAAAAUUCUAGCUAGGAUAUUAAGCACCUCAACUGAAAACCUAGUUUUAUCUGUAGCAGCACAUGACCUGGGACAAUAUGUGAAAUAUUAUCCGAAUGGUAAAAAAUUUCUUCAAGAGAUUGGUGCUAAACAACGAAUAAUGGAACUGAUGACUCAUGAAGAUCCGGACGUACGAUACCAAGCGCUACUUGCUGUACAAAAGUAUAUGACAAACGCAUGGUAA